CUGGUAUGAAACUGACUGUACAACCAAUUUUGAUAACCUGGAAGUGCUUAUAAGAAUGUUGCAAUGAGUAUGCCUUCCAGCCAUUGCCGGAUAUUGAUGCUUGACGUCACGGGACCGGCUCUGUCAGCUUCAACGUCGACGUCCAUUGAUAUCGAUUUCGUUGGCCAUUGCAACUGAUCCAUCCGUCUUAUCUGAUCAUGUCAUUUGGACGCACCUUCAAGCUUGCUUCAGGAGCAAAGAUACCUGCGGUUGGCCUCGGCACAUGGAAGAGCAAGCCUGGUGAAGUUCAAGCUGCUGUGAGAACCGCACUUCAGACUGGUUAUCGACACAUUGACUGUGCCUGGAUCUACGGUAACGAGAAGGAAGUCGGUCUUGGGUUGAAGGAGGGAGGAAUUGAUCGCCAAGACCUUUGGAUCACUUCCAAACUCUGGAAUGCCUCUCACCAGCCAAAAGAUGUGCGGAAAGCGAUCACAGAAACAUUGUCGAACUUGAACGUGGACUACCUCGAUCUUUACCUAAUGCAUUGGCCCAUCGCCUUCGCUCGCACGCCUGAUCAUGCCAACGUUCCGAAAGACAGCAACGGCAAAGUUCUAAUUGAUGAGCAUUUGACAGAGAAUCAUGCAGAGACGUGGCAAGCAAUGGAGAGCCUUGUCAAAGAGGGGCUGGUGAAGAAUAUCGGUGUCAGCAAUUUCAACAUCCGGCGCUUAAGGAAGCUCUUGUCCGAGGCGACGAUCAAGCCUGUCGUUAAUCAGGUCGAACUUCAUCCGUACAACCCGCAAGAUAACUUGCUUCGUUUUGCAGAGCAAAAUGGAGUGCACUUGACGGCAUACUCCCCAUUGGGCUCGACAUCCUCCCCCCUCCUGAAAGAUCACGUUCUAACUUCAAUUGCGGAAAAGAAGUCUUGUACUGUUGCCCAGAUCCUGUUAUCUUGGUCGGUGCAGCGCGGCACAUCUGUCAUUCCGAAGAGUGUGAACGCAGAACGCAUCAAGAGUAACUUUGAGCAAAUCUCCCUUUCUCAAGAUGAAUUUGAUCAGAUCAACAAUAUCAGCCGCGGAAAACAGGUUCGCUAUGUGAACCCUCAGGAAAACUGGGGCCUCGAUCCGUUUGAAGACGAAGAAACCGACCUUCUCGGCGGACCGUUCGAGAGCCAGUAG